UCCCCCCUCCUUCUAGUCCUUCUCCUCCUCAGUCUCCACACACACACACACACACACACUUCUAAACACAGGCGGCGUGUGCUUGCAUUGCAGCUCACAGCACACAGAUGGAUGGAGCUAGCGUGUGUGUGUGAGAGAGAGUGAGUAAGCCGGGAGUGAGCCGUAGCUGGCUGACUGGCUGACUGGCUGUGCAGACACAGGGGAGAGUGUCACCGUCUCAGGCUGGGUGUGGAGAACUCUCUCUGGGGUAGGGAGACCACAGGACCAGGGUUCUCCCAGGGCUCUAUAGCAGCUGCAGCAGGUGGACAGCUAGCCGGAUGGGCCAAUGGGUGGCUGAGGGAAGGCAUGCAGCAGUAACCACGGCAACAGUGGUACCGGCUGUAAGGGGCACAGGGACAUGCUGAGGAUGGGCACUCGGCCGCGGCAACCCCCGGACCUGCGGCAGCGGGAGGAGGGCAGGCUGCUGGCAGCGGUGGCUCUGGUGGAGCAGGAGGAGGAUGAGGAGGAAGACUCAGAGGAAGGCAGCAGUGGAAGCGGGGGCAGUGACAGCGCCAGCCGGGCAGAGGAAGGGGCCAAGGCCACCAAAGUCCCCACCUUCGAUGUCCCCUACUUCCGCUACAUAGACGAGGAGGAGUCAGAGGGAGAGGGGGAUGGAGAGGAGGUGUGGAGCAGCAGUCGCUCUCUGUCCUCCAUCGAGGACGACUCGUCCAGUGACAGUGUUGUCUCUGACAGGUACGUGGUGGUGUCAGGGACCCCAGAGAAGAUCCUAGAACACCUGCUGUCUGUCUUGAGGCUGGACAACCACCGUGAUGACCAGGGGAGCACACAGCAGAUCAAGGAGUCAGAGCCUCUCCUGGAUGACUUCCUGCUGACAUACCUGGUGUUCAUGUCAACCAGUGAUCUGUGUCAGGCUCUCCUGGGACACUAUUGUUCAAAGAGACACCACCGGGGGAAAGAGGAAGGGAAGGAGGUUCUGGACAGGAAACGUCAGGUCCUGCACCUGGUGACACAGUGGACAACACUGUACAGGGACUUCCUACGAGAAGACGAGCAUGUUAAACUCUUCAUGAAGACAUUGUAUCGUUUCCUCCUGGAUGACCUGUAUGAGUAUCCAACUCUAGAGAAGGAGCAGAAGGACCUACAGAAACUCCUGCGGCUGCAUCGCAGACAUACAUUGGAGGAGUAUUCACCCCACAGAAAGAGCAAAGCUCUUUCCCAUCAGCUGAGCCUGAAAGAGAACGUGCUCCCGACCAGAGGAACACAAAGGGAGACCAGGGAAGUGUUGUGUCAUGUGUACGUGAGCAUGGACUCAUAUCUGAGUGUGAGGAGCCUGGCCAGUGUUGUGGCCCAGGGGCUGCUGCAGGAGGUGGCUGAGAGACUGGAUCUCCCCCUGGAGGAGCUCGUCCUGCUGGCUGUCACCUACCCUGGAGAGAAACUCCUCCUGAAGCCUCAGGACAGGCUCUACUCUGAUUCGCUGACAGCAGUGGGGAGGCUGCACGUGUGCAGAAAGGACCUGAGUGAAGUCAUGAGCCCGUUCACAGACAACGCAGAGCUACAACAGAGGUCAGCUCGCAUGCUGAGUAUGAACACAUGGGACGUGGCUGUCACCCUUACAAACUUUGACUGGAGUGUCUUCAACUCAAUACAUGAGCAAGAGCUGGUGUACUUCACGUUCAGCCGUCAUGCCAGCAGUGGCCACACGGUGGCGCUGGAGCUGCUGCUGCAGCGCUGCAAUGAGGUACAGCUGUGGGUGAUGACAGAAGUCCUGAUGUGUCCUACGCUCUGCAACAGAGUCCAGCUCAUCAAGAAGUUCAUCAAAAUCGCUGCCCACUGUAAAGCCCAGAGGAACCUCAACUCUUUCUUUGCCAUCGUUAUGGGUCUGAACACCGCAGCAGUUAGCCGCCUCAGUCAGACCUGGGAGAAAGUUCCAGGAAAAUUCAAAAAACUGUUUUUGGAACUGGAGAUGUUGACAGACCCCUCUCUCAACCACAAAGCCUACAGGGACGCUUUCAAGAAGACCAAGACGCCCAAGAUCCCUUUCCUUCCUCUGCUACUGAAAGAUAUCACUUUCAUUCACGAGGGCAACAAAACGUUUCUCGAUAACCUGGUGAAUUUUGAAAAGCUGCACAUGAUAGCCGACACGGUGCGUCUCAUCAGACACUGUCAGGAGGAUCACAUGGGGAACGGGAUGCCCCAGAAGAGCAGUCCGGAGGUGCAGGCCUAUGUCGACUACCUUCACGUCAUUGACAAUCAGCAGACUCUGUUUGAACUGUCCCACAGACUGGAACCCCGUGUGUAGAUAGACUACAUACACUCUCUGAGCCUGCCUCCCUCCACCCCUCGAAGUCAGACCACCAAGGAGAAGGGUACCAACUAGUCUUUGGAAACACCCCUCAGGACCCCUCAGGACUCAUAGAGAAACAUGGGUUGGCCAACUCUACAAAGCCCAGCUCUAACACACACACACACACAGGAUUCUAUUAAUCAGCUGCUCACACAGCAGGACUUUGAUGAGUUGAAUUAGGUGGGUUAAUGCAGGACUGGAACAAAAGCCAGAGGGAUAGGGUUGGCCAGAGCUGACAGAGAGAUGACUGUGUGGCGCUGGCCAACCACUAGAUGGCGCCAAAAGGCAUACUGGAAUACUGAGCAACGAUGGAGCAGAGGUAACCAAAGAGCUUCUCAGUUUAACAAAUAGAUCUGGACCCGUAUUGAUCAAAGGAUCCCAGAGUAGGAGUGCUGAUCUAGGAUUUGUUUAGCCUUUUGGAUCAUAAUGAAUUGACAGGGACCUAGAUCAGCACUCCUACUCAGUGAUGUCCUGGUAGAUAAAUAGGUGGAUAAACUUGGAUUGCUGGUCGCAGUGAAAAAAGUAACGCUUCCUAUUCUUUCAAUGCAUUUUUCUGCAAAAUGUGGGUACAUUGUUGGGGCCCUCCCCCCAAAAAGGUGGUUACAUUGUUGGGGCCCUCCCCCCAAAAAGGUGGGUACAUUGUUGGGUCCCUCCCCCAAAAAGGUGGUUACAUUGUUGGGUCCCUCCCCCAAAAAGGUGGUUACAUUGUUGGGGCCCUCCCCCCAAAAAUGUGGGUACAUUGCGUUUACCCUCCACUACACCAGUGAUCCUCCUCUGAGACUCUUUAUGAAUAUGGACCCUGCUUCAGUCACUCUGUAUUGAUAGCUUCAGGUUGUUGUUAUCUGCUUCCAAACAGGUGACCACUCCCUGAUUAUCUAUCUACACACAAUGAAUGAAAGCAUCAACCUUCUGGGGACUUCAACACCAGGACACGACACUUGACAGACCUCCAGUGCAUGACCACCACACACUAGACUGCUGUUAAGCUAAAUGGAUUUAAACAACAAUAUUGAAAAGUGUGUGUGUGUGUGUGUGUGUGUGUUGCAUAAAUGUCACUUCCAAAUACUGAAAAAAAGAUCAUUCAAAAUAUUUCUGAGUAAAGUGUGAGGUAAUAAAACCUUCCUCGACAGCAGAAGGGUUUUGUUACAGUUAUAGAUAAUGUAAUAAACCAUCCUCAACAGUAGAAGGGUUAUGUUACAGUUAUAGAUAAUGUAAUAAACCAUUCUCAACAGUAGAAGGGUUAUGUUACAGUUAUAGAUAAUGUAAUAAACCAUCCUCAACAGUAGAAGGGUUAUGUUACAGUUAUAGAUAAUGUAAUAAACCAUCCUCAACAGUAGAAGGGGUAUGUUACAGUUACAGAUAAUGUAAUAAACCAUCCUCAACAGCAGAAGGGUUAUGUUACAGUUAUAGAUAAUGUAAUAAACCAUCCUCAACAGCAGAAGGGUUAUGUUACAGUUAUAGAUAAUGUAAUAACCCAUCCCCAACAGUAGAAGGGUUAUGUUACAGUUAUAGAUAAUGUAAUAAACCAUUCUCAACAGUAGUAGAAGGGUUAUGUUACAGUUAUAGAUAAUGUAAUAAACCAUCCUCAACAGUAGUAGAAGGGUUAUGUCACAGUUAUGGACUUAGCUGGUGGACUUAGAUGUUUGGUCUUAGCUGUGGACAAUCAGAGACGUAGCUUGAGGCAUCAGAUCCUUUGCCUGUCAUGUCUCUGUAUCUGCACUAUGAAGAAACAGCAAUACACCAAGUCAACACUUCUGCCUUUGAACAUUCUUGUCCAGUUAAAACGCCUUUGCCUUUUUCUUUCAGUGGCAGUAUUAGUUAUUCUUAUAGAAAUGGCUAAUAAACUGUACAUGUUUAUGAGCCAUCCACCUGCAGGAUGUUGUAUCCUGUUCUAGAGAAUCCUCUUGGUGAAUGUUUCAGUGGUUUAGAAAAGAGAUCAGACCCUGAUAUAGAGGUUCUUCAGUAGCACCACCAGUUCUCCUGUUGUGGAUUCCCCUGAUGUGUAAUGUGUGUAUCACAGAGAUGAAACACUUCUAUAUCUAUGGUGUGUAUAGUGUUUUGAGGCAGGUCAUGAACUAUAGAUUCCAUCUAUAUACUGUAGUAUGUUGUGCGUUCCCUGGUUGGACAUGGAGAUUUGGAGAAGUAUUUAUUAUUAUGAUAAUAUACUUAUUUAUUUGCUCGUUGUGCACUACUUUUGACCAGGUAGUGUACUAUGUAGGGAAUAGGGUAUCAUUUCUGUCCUGUUUACCUGCCGUGGGGUUCCAAUAGGUUAGGAACUGGUCUGCAUGAUGUGGUAAAGCCAUGGAUCGACCACCAAGUAAAAUAUGCAUGUAACAAAAAGUAGUGGUUUUCUACAUGUCGCUACAAUGCCCAAAUCAGCAUGUACUAACAAAUAUUAUUUCACAAAGGAAAACAAAAGCAAUACCAAGUCACUGCUCUUCUCUCUCAUCACUCUUUAUGCGUUUCAUUUUGUACAGUCAUUUUGAAAUGUUAAAUAAUAAAUGAAAUGUUUUGUUGUAUGAA